AAAUCUAAUCUAAUCCUUCCGAUCCCCUCCUUUUAUGUUCUCUCCCUCUCGCUCAAUUUCGACUUCUAGGGUUAGGGUUUCUCUUUCCUUAGACGAGACUCCCAAACUCUCUUCUUCUCUCUGCAAUUAGCAGUUGUUCUAUCCCUUGUUCGGUACGAUGCUGCCUGCACCUGGUGUUGCCCCUCACAAUAUGCCCCACCAAGCCCCUCAGUACCAGCAACAGCAACCCCCUUACAUGAUGAUGCCGCCGCAGCCGCCCCAAGCCCAGCCCGUGCCUCAGAUGUGGCCUCAGCAGCCCCAGGUGGGUUCGCCCCAGGGUCAACCGCCUCAGCCAGCCAACGCGGAUGAGGUCCGUACGCUCUGGAUCGGAGACUUGCAGUACUGGAUGGACGAGAACUAUCUUUAUAAUUGUUUUGCUCAUACAGGCGAGGUUUCCUCGGUGAAAGUCAUUCGGAACAAGCAAACCGGUCAGUCUGAGGGUUACGGCUUUAUUGAGUUCUUGACACGACCAGCGGCAGAAAGAGUACUGCAAACAUAUAACGGAACCCCGAUGCCCAAUGGGGCACAAAAUUUUAGAUUGAACUGGGCAUCAGCAGGGGAGAAGCGGCAAGAUGACUCUCCUGAUUACACAAUUUUCGUAGGGGACUUGGCUGGUGAUGUUACUGAUUAUGUUCUACAAGAGACAUUUAGGGCGCGAUACACCUCUGUUAAGGGUGCCAAAGUUGUGAUUGACAGGCUCACCGGACGCACUAAAGGUUAUGGGUUUGUUAAGUUUGGAGACGAUAAUGAACAAAUACGUGCUAUGACUGAGAUGAAUGGGGUCCUCUGUUCAUCCAGGCCAAUGCGAAUUGGACCUGCUGCUAACAAGAACACUUCUGGAAGUCAGCAAUAUGCGAAAACUUCAUACCAGAGUCCUCAAGGGUCUCAAAAUGAGAAUGAUCCAAAUAAUACAACUAUAUUUGUGGGGAACUUGGAUUCUAAUGUGACAGACGAACACUUGAGACAAGUUUUUAGCCAGUACGGGGAACUGGUGCAUGUAAAGAUCCCUGUAGGUAAACGAUGUGGUUUUGUUCAAUUUUCCGACAGAAACUGUGCGGAGGAAGCAUUACGCAUGUUGAACGGAACACAAAUAGGUGGGCAGAACAUUAGACUUUCAUGGGGCCGUAGUCCUUCAAAUAAACAGGUACCUCAGGCGGAUCCUAACCAAUGGAAUGGAGGUGGCUAUUAUGGUUAUGGGCAAGGAUAUGAAAACUACAGUUACGCUGCUGCUCCGCAGGACCCUAACAUGUUCUACAGUGGCUACGGUGGGUACGGUAAUUACCAGCAGCCAACACCACAGCAACCGCAGCAACAGCAAGGAGGAUACAUGUAGAUUUGAAGUUUUGUUUACUCUGUGCCCUGGCCUCCCUCCCCCUACCGAGUCUUCUCCCCCUCUUACGUGAUUGGCUAAAGAUUUUGGAAAAGUUAUUGCCUUCCUUCCUCCCAUUCUCUCUGAACUCUUUUAUUCUCUAUUUUACCAAUAACUCCGGAUGACAUGAAUUGCCUUUAUUAUUAUGUUUUUCCUUAGAAGUUUGGUUGUGUGCCUUGUGUUUAUUUUAAUUCGAUGAUUAAAUCCUUGUCUUUUGAAGAAGAGGGUCAAUCUGAAAGCACACUAGAUUAGCAGUAAGUGUUCCUACCGAUUUAUACAAUGGCAUGACCAACUGAUUAUACAGUC